GUCCCCUCGGCGCUUCCCUGCUGCUGUCUGCACCAGCAUGGACUGUUACACGGCGAACUGGAACCCGCUCGGGGACUCUGCCUUUUACCGUUUUAUCUCAGUUUGUGCCUUGGAUGUUGGCCACACAGCUUGCCUGGCUCAAGAGCUCCUGCCAUCCUUGGACACUUGCCCCAAGAACCACAUCCUUCCCUGCCAGCACCCUCUGCUGGCUCUCUUGCUGUCCCUAAGCAUGCAUGUGGAAAUAUGAGCUGUACAGCAUGGACUGGGACCUGAAGGAAGAACUCAGAGAUUGCCUGGUGGCUGCUGCACCCUAUGGGGGCCCCAUUGCACUGCUGAGGAACCCCUGGCGGAAGGAGAAAGCUGCCAGUGUAAGGCCAGUGCUCGAUAUAUACUCUGCUUCCGGCAUGCCUCUGGCCAGCCUGCUGUGGAAGAGUGGACCCGUGGUGUCCCUGGGCUGGUCUGCUGAGGAGGAGCUGCUCUGUGUGCAGGAAGAUGGUGCUGUACUGGUUUAUGGGCUUCAUGGUGACUUCCGGAGACACUUCAGCAUGGGCAAUGAAGUACUCCAGAACCGGGUUCUGGAUGCCCGGAUCUUUCACACUGAAUUUGGUUCUGGAGUGGCCAUCCUCACAGGGGCCCACCGCUUCACCCUCAGUGCCAAUGUGGGUGACCUCAAACUCCGCCGGAUGCCAGAGGUGCCAGGUCUGCAAAGUGUACCUUCCUGCUGGACUGUGCUAUGCCAGGACCGAGUGGCACACAUUCUUCUCGCCGUGGGGCCUGAUCUAUACCUCCUGGACCAUGCAGCCUGCUCUGCAGUGACACCCCCUGGCCUGGCCCCAGGAGUAAGCAGCUUCCUGCAGAUGGCUGUCUCCUUCACCUACCGACACCUGGCACUCUUCACAGACACAGGCUACAUCUGGAUGGGGACGGCAUCACUCAAGGAGAAGCUGUGUGAGUUCAACUGCAACAUCCGGGCAGCUCCAAAGCAGAUGGUCUGGUGCAGCCGUCCUCGUAGCAAGGAGAGGGCUGUAGUGGUGGCCUGGGAGAGGCGGCUGAUGGUGGUGGGCGAUGCACCCGAGAGCAUCCAGUUUGUGCUGGACGAGGACUCCUACCUGGUGCCUGAGCUCGAUGGUGUCCGCAUCUUCUCCCGCAGCACCCACGAGUUCCUGCAUGAGGUUCCAGCAGCCAGUGAGGAGAUCUUCAAAAUUGCCUCAAUGGCCCCCGGGGCACUGCUCCUGGAGGCUCAGAAGGAGUAUGAGAAAGAGAGCCAGAAGGCAGAUGAGUACCUGAGGGAGAUCCAGGAGCUGGGCCAGCUGACCCAGGCCGUGCAGCAGUGCAUUGAGGCUGCAGGACAUGAGCACCAGCCAGACAUGCAGAAGAGUCUGCUCAGGGCUGCCUCCUUCGGAAAGUGCUUCCUGGACAGAUUUCCACCCGACAGCUUCGUGCGCAUGUGUCAAGACCUGCGUGUGCUCAAUGCCAUUCGGGACUAUCACAUUGGGAUCCCACUCACCUAUAGCCAAUACAAGCAGCUCACCAUCCAGGUGCUGCUGGACAGGCUUGUGUUGCGGAGACUUUACCCCCUGGCCAUCCAGAUAUGCGAGUACUUGCGCCUUCCUGAAGUACAGGGCGUCAGCAGGAUCCUGGCCCAUUGGGCCUGCUACAAGGUACAACAGAAGGAUGUCUCAGAUGAAGAUGUGGCUCGAGCCAUUAACCAGAAGCUGGGGGACACGCCUGGUGUCUCUUACUCCGACAUUGCUGCACGAGCCUAUGGCUGUGGCCGCACGGAGCUGGCCAUCAAGCUGCUGGAGUAUGAGCCACGCUCAGGGGAGCAGGUACCCCUUCUCCUAAAGAUGAAGAGGAGCAAACUGGCACUAAGCAAGGCCAUCGAGAGCGGGGACACUGACCUGGUGUUCACGGUGUUGCUGCACCUGAAGAAUGAGCUGAACCGAGGAGAUUUUUUCAUGACUCUUCGGAAUCAGCCCAUGGCCCUGAGUUUGUACCGACAGUUCUGUAAGCAUCAGGAGCUAGAGACGCUGAAGGACCUUUACAAUCAGGAUGACAAUCACCAGGAAUUGGGCAGCUUCCACAUCCGAGCCAGCUAUGCUGCAGAAGAGCGGAUUGAGGGCCGAGUAGCAGCUCUUCAGACAGCCGCUGAUGCCUUCUACAAGGCCAAGAAUGAGUUUGCAGCCAAGGCUACAGAGGAUCAAAUGCGGCUCCUACGGCUGCAGCGACGCCUAGAAGACGAGCUGGGGGGCCAGUUCCUAGACCUGUCUCUACAUGACACUGUUACCACCCUCAUUCUUGGUGGUCACAACAAGCGUGCAGAACAGCUGGCACGUGACUUCCGCAUCCCUGACAAGAGGCUGUGGUGGCUGAAGCUGACUGCCCUGGCAGAUUUGGAAGACUGGGAAGAGCUAGAGAAGUUUUCCAAGAGCAAGAAAUCACCCAUUGGCUACCUGCCUUUUGUGGAGAUCUGCAUCAAACAACAUAACAAAUACGAAGCCAAGAAGUAUGCUUCCCGUGUGAGUCCUGAGCAGAAGGUCAAGGCUUUGCUUCUUGUUGGUGAUGUGGCUCAGGCUGCAGACGUGGCCAUCGAACACCGGAACGAGGCUGAGCUGAGCCUCGUAUUGUCCCACUGCACAGGAGCCACAGAUGGGGCCACAGCUGAUAAGAUUCAACGGGCCAGGGCACAAGCCCAGAAGAAGUGAUGAGUCUACCCUGCACAUUUCAAGCAAGGGGUUCCUCCUAGCACCUGAUUUUGACAGAGGGUCAUAGUUCAUCCAGCUGCUCCCCAGAGCAAUGCUGAGGAGGCGGGGUGGGUGGUAGCAGGGCUGUCUGGUUGUAAAUAAAGUUGGAACACUUUA